UAUGAAAGCGGCGUCGUGUAAUCUGCACCGUACGAGGACUACUCUCUAAAGGACCCUGCCCCCAAUCUCCCAGCCCCUCUCGUCCCCGUUCUUUGUGAUACGUCGCUCCGGGUCUCCGUCAUCACUGACUGGUUCGCUUGUGAUAGAAUAGAAACAGUGCCACAGCUCUUCUUUCGCUUCGCUCGGUGAUUCGACUCAAAUGGCGUUCACACUACGGAGCGUGAAGGUGCCGCCCAACUCGGCGAAUCUUGCCGAAGCGAGGACCCGAGUCUUCGAUUUCUUCAGGUCCGCCUGCAGAUCCUUACCCACCGUCAUGGAUAUCUACAACCUCGACGACGUCGCUAAGGUCUCCCAGCUCCGCUCCACCAUCGCCUCCGAGAUUCGCAAGAAUUCCCACGUCACCAAUCCCAAGGUGAUUGAUAUGCUGCUCUUCAAGGGAAUGGAGGAGCUGAAUAACAUUGUGGAGCAUGCAAAGCAGCGGCACCAUAUUAUUGGCCAAUAUGUGGUAGGUCGUCAAGGGCUUGUGCAGGAUGUGGGCACCAAGGAUCAAGGCAUCUCCGACUUUCUCAAAAACUUCUACAACAGCAACUACUCUUGAAUCUUUGUUGUUCAACAGAUGUGCCGUGCCUCCUUUGCUUUUUGACGUGGGCUUCAGAAAUAAAGUUGUACUCAAAAUUGAUUUUGUAUCUUACUGGUUGAUAAAGAUCCCCGUAUCUUCUUUUGUGGUCACUUUGGUGGAACCGAAGUACUAUUUAUGAAACCUUGCUUUUUGCUCUAAAAAAUCGAGAGAAUUGAUGAGUUAGUA